AUGCAGAUUGAACUCAUGCCUUGCUGUGAGACUUCUACCCCCUCAGCCACUGUGGCACAGAGCAGUCCGUCCAUCCCUGCAGAUUAUCCAAAUGUCUCCCAUCCAGCAGCUGAGCAUGAGCGCUGGCUGGCAGGAGGAGGAUCGUCGGAGGAGGAGGAGAAGGAGGAGGGGGAGGUGAUGGCCGGGGACCCCUGGAGGAGCGCGGGGAUGGACUACCACACGAUUGGUGGAGCGCUGCUGGCGUUGUGGCCCUGUGCCAACACCACCACCACCACAGCCAUGCUCCCGGUCAAUCUGCCGCUCUGUGCCUGCGUGUGGCUCCUGCUCGGGGCGCUCACAACAGACGCGACUUACUACCGCCACCACCGAUACAUCCCCAUUUAUUACCGCUAUCGGGAGCACUCUGCCAAUGCUGAAAACCUGCUCCCAGAGGCGUCCAACCCUGCGCCAAGAGUGCCCAGCUACCCCCGGGUCCCAGAGGUCUUCCACCCCGCACGUGCCGAGCCCAUCCAGCCCAUCCCAGAGGCUUUCCACCCGGUGCCAGAGGUCGUGCACCCUGCAGCGCCUCAGCCUUACCGGCCCCCAGAGCGCGUACAGGUCCCCGCACAGGUUCCAGCGCUGCAGCAGCCUCACAACUCGAGCCGGGUCUUCCACGGGAUCAUGUUUGACGCUGGGAGCACAGGCACCAGAAUCCACAUCUAUAAGUUCAUCCAAAAGGAUCUGGUUGAGCUGCCUGUGCUCGACAAUGAGAUGUUCCAUGCCGUGAAGCCUGGCCUGUCUUCAUACAAAGAUAACCCUGAGGAGGGGGGCAACACCAUUCGCCAACUUCUGAAAAUCGCCAAGAAGACUAUCCCUGAGGAGGACUGGCAGAGGACCCCGGUGGUGCUGCGGGCCACUGCGGGGCUGCGUCUGCUCCCCCAGGACAAAGCCAGUGUCCUUCUGAAGGAGGUGAAAGAAGUAUUCGACGAGUCUCCUUUCUUCGUGCCAAAUAAUAGCGUGUCCAUUAUGCCUGGAACAAAUGAAGGAGUCCUCGCUUGGGUCACUGUGAACUUCCUCACAGGGCACCUAUAUUCCAACACUAAGAGGACAGUGGGCAUCUUGGACUUGGGAGGAGGGUCCACACAGAUCACUUUUCUGCCUAAAUCAAAGAAAACAGUCCAAACUGCUCCUUCAUCUUACAUAGCCAAUUUUAACCUGUUCAACAACACGUACCAGCUUUACACACACAGUUAUUUGGGAAAUGGACUGGUUGCUGCCCGCCUGGGAGCUUUGGGUGCUUUAGGAGCAGAUGGUCUUGAUUGGAAAAUCUUCACAAGUCCCUGUCUUCCAAAAAGACUCAGAGAAGAAGUGAAUUUUUCAGGAACCACCUACAAAGUUAGCGGAAUUCCUGACGGCUACGCUGGCUAUAAGCUGUGCUACUAUGAGAUGAUGAGGGUGAUCAAAGGCAUCGUGCAUCAGCCGUACGAACUCAAGGGCAGCAGCAUGUUCUAUGCAUUCUCCCACUACUUUGACAGGGCAAUGGAGUCAGGCCUGAUUGAUAGCAGAGGUGGAACUGUGGAGGUCCGAGAUUUCAAGAAGAAGGCCAAAGAAGUGUGCAAUAAAAUGUCCAAAUACCGCACCAUCAGCCCGUUCCUCUGCAUGGACCUGACGUACAUCACUUGUCUGCUGAAAGAAGGCUUCGGCUUUAAAGACAACACCGUGCUACAGCUGGCCAAGAAAGUGAACAACGUGGAGACGAGUUGGGCUCUCGGUGCGACCUUCGAUUACUUUAGAAAUCUGAACAUUCAUUCGGGCUGA